AUGGAUCCCAAAGACCGAAAGAAGAUCCAGUUCUCCGUGCCCGCGCCCCCGAGCCAACUUGACCCUCGUCAGGUGGAGAUGAUCCGACGCCGGAGACCAACCCCGGCCAUGCUGUUCCGUGUUUCAGAGCACUCUUCUCCAGAGGAAGAAGCUUCCCCUUAUCAGAGAUCCUCUGGCGAGGGGCACCACCUCAAGACCAAGAGACCCAACCCCUGUGCCUACACUCCCCCUUCUCUGAAAGCUGUCCAGCGCAUUGCUGAAUCACACCUGCAGUCUAUCAGCAACCUGAGUGAGAAUCAGCCUUCUGAUGAAGAGGAAGAAGAAGAAGGUGAGCAGGGAAGCCGAGGUUGUCAGGGAGAGGAAGAGGAGGAAGAAGAGGAGGAGGAGGAAGAGGAGGAAGAUGACUCCAGCCAGGCAGAGGUUGUGAAGGGCAGAAACAAGCCUGCUGUACAACAGACUUCUUGUGGCCAAGGCCUGGAGGGACCAUGGGAGCGGCCACCCCCACUGGAUGAGCCCCAGAAGGAUGGAACCUCUGAAGGCAAAGAAGAAGAAGAAGAAGAGGUUGUGCAGAAUGAACCUGAUGAGGGGACCCAGCAUCCUGGGCCUCCUGCCCCUGGCACAUAGACACCCCUGAAUGCUGUUUCCUCCUGCUACGGACAACCCUGGCCCUCUGAAGAGGGAGGAAGAUGGGGGGAACAGCACUG